UAACUGUCAUGUUUGCUUUAGAAAUAACGUUAUUGAAUGCAAAGUUAUAUAGUGCUGUGUUUGCUCAGUCUCAAAGUUAAAAAGUCUUCGAAAUCUACUGGAAGAAGAAGAAGAAGAACGCCAUCUGUCACUGUGAAUGUAAACACCUGAUUCCAUGGUUCUUGUCAAGUUGUCAAACAAUGUCACUGAGCCUGUUACUAAUUUGCACAUAAACUAUGGCCACAAACCUUUGCCCCGUGAUACUCCAUUGUAAUUUGGAAUCAUCUUCUUUCCUGGAAUAUCUUGGAAGUGGAUAUAAGGUCCGUGUGAGCAACAGCACUCCACCUGACAGUGUCAUCCUGCCAAGUUGUGGCAUAGCAGUUCUGGUGGUUCAUCUGUCAAAAGUUUCAUUUGAGGAUGAUGUGAGCAAUGCUUGUGAUGUAUAUGACAAAUAUGAGUUGAGGUUGGAAGAAGAUGCAGCCUUCAGCAACAGUUUUGCAAUGCAUCCCAAACAUACUGACAAAGUAUGUGUGACCUAUCCUCAGCAGCAGCAGGAAACUGGUGGCCAAGGUGCAAAGCAGAUGACUAACCCUGAAAAUAAGAAGGAAGACUUCGAACAUUUGGUGUCAAGAAUUGAAGGAUUUGUGCAAGGUCAUAGGAUGUGUGUGGUGCUCUUGGUUGGAUCAGUGUUUACCAGUGACGACAAAGGUGGUAAAGUGAUGUGCCAUCUCCAGAAAAGCCUCAUGCCUUCCCCUCCUCUUAUCUUGCCUGCCCAUGGUGACGCGCAGAUUGCCAUGCACAUACAGUCUCUCUCCAAGGCUUGCCAGCCAGACACACGGUCUUUAGUCCAGAGUCGAAUGGAAGAAAUGAUAACUGGAAUUAUCAAUAAAGAUUAUAGCACUAUUUUAGCAAGAGCCAUGGGGCUGAAUCAUCAGCAGGCCUCAGUACUGAUGAAUUCUUUUGAGUCUGUAGCAAAUGUUGCAGCUGCAUCUGCUGCCGACAUUCACCAGCAGACUCCUCUAGAUGCCAGUUCUGCAGCUACUGUUGCUGCAUUUUUAUCCUGUGAUGAUGUUUCCAACUAAUACUCUAUGUAGGUUUUGUGCUGUACGCAUCACAAGUACUAUAUUUUGUUUGGAAUCGAGAUUCAUAUUAUAAUACAAUUCAGUGCAAUGUAGUAUUGAUUGUAUUGCUAAUUCACAAGAGGACAAUUGUAAAUGUAAUAGGUACAAAUUUUGUUUUCAGCCAUUAGCAGCAUUUUGGAAUUUCUACACGAAACGUAACCAUUAACAGUAACUAAAAUAUACUGAUGCAGUAAAA